AGUCGUUUAAUUUAAUUCCAGACGAGACAUCUACAACUACAAUCUUCUGGUGAUCAAGACACACAAUGACAAGUACGACCAGGGCAAAACUACCUUCAGACUGGGGGUCAAUCAGUUUGCUGACUGGACCACUGGUGAGUACGCCUACUACAUGAACGGAUUUCGUAUGAGCAACUUCACCCGCCACUCCUCCGUUGUACACAGAGCCAAGGCCACCGAAUUGCCAGAGACAGUUGACUGGAGGCCAAAGGGGUACGUCACACCCAUCAAGAACCAGAAACAAUGUGGUUCCUGCUGGUCAUUCUCCGCCACUGGAUCCUUGGAGGGACAACACUUCAAGUCUACAGGCAAGCUGGUGUCUCUGUCGGAACAAAAUCUGAUGGACUGCUCCAGGCCCGAGGGUAACAUGGGAUGUCAGGGUGGUUUGAUGGACCAGGCCUUCGAAUACAUUAAGCUCAACAACGGCGUUGACACCGAGAAGAGCUACCCUUACAAGGCAAUGAACGGCAAGUGCCACUUCAUGCGGGAAGAUGUGGGCGCCACCGACACUGGUUACGUUGACGUCGAUAGAGAUGACGAGAUGGCUCUGAAGGAUGCUGCUGCAACCAUCGGCCCAAUCUCCGUCGCUAUCGACGCCAGCAAGCAGUCCUUCCAGCUGUAUGAGAGUGGAGUAUACAGCGAUCCCGAGUGCAGCAGCACCCAACUUGAUCACGGAGUUCUGGUGGUAGGAUACGGCACCGAGAUGGGCAAGGACUACUGGCUCGUCAAGAACAGCUGGGGCGAAGCGUGGGGCGACGAGGGGUACAUUAAGAUGGCAAGGAACAUGAACAACAUGUGCGGCAUUGCCACCUCCGCCAGCUACCCAACCGUGUAAACUGCAGCCAAUACCACAUUAAAGGACCACACUGAGGCAGAUUGUCAAGAUCUCCACAUGCAUCUGUAGAAAGAUACGGCAAUGUUUGAUAAUUUUUCCAAUAAAAUGUUCAUAAUCAAG